AUGGAUGUAUUAGACUCCAAGCUGGUGUCGCUACUUCGUCAAGAACUUAGAAUCAUUUUAUUGAUAUACCAUAGAAAUAAGAAUCAGCAUGGAGCGACUAUCUGGUGGAAACAGUUGAAUAUGUUGAAACGUAAUGUUUCGCAGGUUGUGGUAAUAUUAGAAAGAAUAGUUUACAAGAAUAUCAAAAAUACUAAAGAGCUGAUACAACUUCACUAUUUAUUGCAUAGAUUCUUGAAGCUUCAGGUAAAAAAAAUGUACUAUGACUUUAAUGGAAUUAUAGCACUAGGUCAGUUUGUAACUCUUGGUGUGGUGCUUAUUGGAAAUCUUUCAAGAGUUUUCAACGUAUAUUUUCAAGUUUACCAUGCAUUAAGUGAUGAUUUCGAACGACUAGGCGUUCGAGUCAGAAACAAGAAUCAAAAUCAAAAUGAACGUCUCAUAAAAGAGACUCUUGAGGAGGAAUUAGGUGAGGAAAUUGGUGAAGAGAUAUUGAAUGCAACUGAUCUGAGCACUCUACCUAAUGAUUUACCUUCAAAGACUGGUGUUGAAGUGAAAAAACUCCCGGUUGUCAGUAAGAAAGAAAAGAAGUCUAGUAAGAAGAAGAUUAAAAAACGUUCUAAAAAGUCUGUUAUCGACGAUCUAUUUGGGUAA